GCUUGAGUUAGGUUGAAGUAGAAUCAGUGAUAGGAAAUAACAGCCGAAAACAAACAAAAAGGGGAUAUAGUGACAAUUUCUCCAGGGUUAUUCUGGCUGGAACCAACUUCCGUUAUCCAGAAGCUGAUAAAAAAAAGCCUUUGGAAACAUGUCCAAAACACUGAUGAAAUGUUGGAAACCAGUUGAAAUACAGUAAAAUUCAACCGAAUAAAAUAAGACUGCUUUUUUCUUCAUCCACGUUGGAAAUUGUCAAGACGUGAACUAUGACAGUAUAUCAAUUUUUGCUACUAUUUCUGCUCUGGGUAUGCCUGCCACAUUUCUGUUCUCCAGAGAUAAUGUUCAGAAGGACUCCUGUGCCCCAGAAAAGAAUUUUAGGUGCACGUGUACCAAGGAGUGAUGGAAAAAUACUUCAUCGUCAAAAGCGUGGUUGGAUGUGGAAUCAAUUUUUCUUAUUGGAGGAGUAUACAGGAUCUGAUUAUCAAUAUGUUGGCAAGCUUCAUUCAGACCAAGAUAAAGGAGAUGGAUCCCUCAAAUAUAUUUUAUCUGGAGACGGAGCUGGUACUCUUUUUAUUAUUGAUGAAAAAACAGGUGACAUUCAUGCCACAAGAAGAAUUGAUAGGGAAGAAAAGGCCUUUUAUACUCUACGUGCACAAGCUAUUAACAGAAGAACUUUGAGGCCGGUAGAACCAGAGUCUGAGUUUGUGAUCAAAAUCCAUGAUAUCAAUGACAAUGAGCCAACGUUCCCAGAGGAAAUUUAUACAGCGAGUGUUCCUGAAAUGUCGGUUGUAGGUACUUCUGUGGUGCAAGUCACAGCUACAGAUGCCGAUGACCCUUCGUAUGGAAACAGCGCCAGAGUCAUUUACAGCAUACUUCAAGGGCAGCCAUAUUUCUCUGUGGAGCCUGAAACAGGUAUUAUAAGGACUGCUUUACCAAACAUGAACAGAGAAAACAGGGAGCAAUAUCAGGUGGUGAUCCAGGCCAAAGACAUGGGCGGCCAGAUGGGAGGCUUAUCGGGGACCACCACGGUCAACAUCACGCUGACAGACGUCAACGACAAUCCCCCGCGCUUCCCCCAGAACACCAUCCAUCUUCGAGUUCUUGAAUCCUCCCCAGUUGGCACAGCCAUUGGAAGUGUAAAAGCCACGGAUGCUGACACUGGGAAAAAUGCUGAAGUAGAAUACCGAAUUAUUGAUGGUGAUGGGACUGAUAUGUUUGACAUUAUAACUGAAAAGGACACCCAGGAGGGCAUCAUCACUGUGAAAAAGCCACUUGACUAUGAGAGCCGAAGGCUUUAUACUCUGAAGGCUGAAGCAGAAAAUACCCAUGUGGAUCCACGUUUUUAUUACCUAGGACCUUUUAAAGAUACAACAAUUGUGAAAAUCUCUAUUGAAGAUGUGGAUGAACCCCCUGUUUUCAGCAGAUCCUCCUAUCUGUUUGAGGUUCAUGAAGAUAUUGAAGUGGGUACAAUCAUUGGUACUGUGAUGGCAAGGGACCCAGAUUCUACUUCUAGCCCCAUUAGAUUUUCCUUGGAUCGCCAUACUGACCUUGACAGGAUCUUUAACAUACAUUCUGGAAAUGGAUCCCUUUAUACAUCAAAGCCACUUGACCGUGAACUAUCUCAGUGGCACAAUCUUACUGUUAUAGCUGCUGAAAUCAACAAUCCCAAAGAGAUGACUCGAGUGGCUGUUUUCGUGAGAAUUUUGGAUGUUAAUGACAAUGCCCCGCAAUUUGCUGUGUUCUAUGACACUUUUGUCUGUGAAAAUGCCAGACCAGGACAGCUAAUACAGACUAUAAGUGCAGUAGACAAAGAUGAUCCUUUAGGUGGACAGAAAUUUUUCUUCAGUUUAGCUGCUGUUAAUCCAAACUUCACAGUACAAGACAAUGAAGAUAACACUGCCAGAAUUUUAACCAGAAAAAAUGGAUUCAAUAGACAUGAAAUAAGCACUUACCUCUUGCCCGUGGUGAUUUCGGACAACGAUUACCCGAUUCAGAGCAGCACGGGCACGCUCACCAUCCGAGUGUGUGCCUGCGACAGCCAAGGCAACAUGCAGUCCUGCAGCGCCGAGGCCCUGCUCCUGCCUGCUGGGCUCAGCACGGGCGCCUUGAUCGCCAUUCUCCUCUGCAUCAUCAUUCUGCUGGUUAUAGUAGUACUGUUCGCAGCUCUGAAGAGACAGCGGAAGAAAGAGCCUCUGAUCUUGUCUAAAGAAGACAUCAGAGACAACAUCGUGAGCUAUAACGAUGAAGGUGGAGGCGAGGAGGACACUCAGGCCUUUGAUAUCGGCACCUUGAGGAAUCCGGCCGCUAUUGAGGAAAAAAAGCUGCGACGAGAUAUUAUUCCAGAAACCUUAUUUAUCCCCCGGAGGACUCCGACGGCCCCGGAUAACGCGGACGUCCGGGAUUUCAUCAAUGAAAGGCUCAAGGAGCACGACCUGGAUCCCACGGCGCCUCCCUACGACUCGCUUGCUACCUACGCCUACGAAGGGAACGACUCCAUCGCCGAGUCUCUCAGUUCCUUGGAAUCAGGUACCACUGACGGAGACCAAAACUACGAUUACCUCCGAGAAUGGGGCCCUCGGUUUAACAAGUUGGCAGAGAUGUACGGCGGCGGGGAAAGCGACAAAGACGCUUAACCUGGGAUGUCUGUUCUGCUCCGGCAAGAGGAAGUUAACUUGACCCACACCGUCUCCACUUCACCAUGUUUGAUAUUCCAGGAGAAUUUUCCUGCCACUCAGCACAGUUUUCUUUCCCCAUUUCCUUUUUAAUUUGUUCAUUAAUUACAUUAAUUCUUCCCUGUAGGAUGUCUCAUGGAAUAUAUACGACGUUUUAUUUAAUCACUUCCAAGAGCCAAAGCUAUGGAAAUUUAGUGUCGUCCAUCUUAGGAAAUAAAAGAUAAUUUCAGAAUCAUGAACAGGAUAGUCCUCCCUUAAACAACCUCACAGACAAGCCGCUUCUCUUAGGUACAUGCCCUGCCCUUGCAAAUGAAGCUUUUAAAAAGGUGAAGAAAAAUUUUAAAGUAUAUCCUGUUCUGUACAUUAAAUAAAACAAAAAACAAAAACAUGUAUAUGUGAUGUUAGUAGAUGUGAUAUGCAACCUGGUAUACAA